GGAUAAGAGAUGGACGCUAUUGCCCCAAGGGUAGGGUUGCCAGCUGACCAGAAAACAACAACCCGCACCAGGUCUGCUCCUGUGCAUAUAUACAAAAAUCGGCAGGACCCAGGUACCCUGAGUGGGAGGCCCAAAGCUAGUUUGUCAAGAUGGGCGAAAUAGAGCAGAUGAAGCAGGAGGCUGAGCAGCUGAAGAAGCAGAUUGAGGAUGCUCGAAAAGCUUGUGCUGACACCACACUUGCACAGCUUGUUUCUGGGCUGGAAGUGGUCGGGCGCAUACAGAUGCGUACACGGCGAACCCUGCGUGGGCACCUGGCCAAGAUCUACGCUUGUCACUGGUCCACAGAUUCCAAGCUCAUGGUCAGUGCCUCACAAGAUGGGAAACUCAUUGUGUGGGACACAUAUACAACCAACAAGGUUCAUGCCAUCCCCCUCCGCUCCUCCUGGGUCAUGACCUGUGCCUACGCCCCAUCGGGGAAUUUUGUGGCCUGCGGAGGUCUCGACAACAUGUGCUCCAUCUACAACCUCAAGAGUCGCGAAGGGAGCGUGAAAGUGAGCCGGGAACUCUCGGCCCACACAGGCUACCUCUCCUGCUGCAGAUUCUUGGAUGAUAACAACAUUGUGACCAGCUCUGGGGACACCACAUGCGCCCUCUGGGACAUUGAAACCGGCCAGCAGAAGACGGUGUUCGUAGGCCACACUGGGGACUGCAUGAGCCUGGCUGUCUCCCCAGACUUCAAGCUCUUCAUCUCGGGAGCCUGUGAUGCCACAGCCAAGCUGUGGGACAUCCGGGAGCAAUCUUGCCGCCAGACGUUCAUGGGACACGAGUCUGACAUCAAUGCCAUCAAUUUCUUCCCCAGUGGCGAGGCCAUCUGCACUGGUUCUGAUGAUGCCACCUGCCGCCUCUUUGACCUCCGAGCUGACCAGGAGCUCAUCGUCUACGCACACGAGAGCAUCAUCUGUGGAAUUACCUCAAUCGCAUUCUCUCGCAGUGGGCGCCUCCUGCUGGCUGGAUAUGACGACUUUAACUGCAACAUCUGGGACUCUCUAAAAUCGGAGCGUGUGGGAAUCUUGUCUGGACAUGACAACCGAGUGAGUUGUUUGGGGGUAACUGCAGAUGGCAUGGCUGUGUCCACAGGCUCCUGGGACAGCUUCCUGAAAAUCUGGAACUGAAGAGGAAAUGGGAUGAAGAGAAGGGAGAAUGUGGGGAGCCCUCCCCAGAUAUAUCAUUUAUUGAAUACCACUGGCAUUUCUGCUUGUUCUGUGCAGACUUAUUGAUCCACAAGGCACUUCCCUACCUUAAAGGAGAAGCUC